UUAGAGUUCUUCUUGGAAGAAGAAGAAGAAGAAGAAGAAGAAGAAGAAAAGAGAGAGAGAGAAGAUUCCCUCUUCUCUCGUUUCAUUACAACUAAUCCAUGAGAGAGAUUCCGUAGACUUUCCCUGGCUGCUAGCUGCUCUGCACAUACAUAUACGUGUACAUAAACAUGUACAUGUACAUAUACGUACAUACAGCUAAAUAAUACAUGUACAGUAUAUACGACACACCUGUCCCCGUGUCUUUUCUAUUCAGAAGCAGCCCCACUUGGGGUGGUUCUAUGACUAUAUGAACCACAGCCGAUCAUUCACGGAAUUCAGACAAAGCUUAGGUUUGUUCAUAAUUGGAUCAAAAGACAUGAGGAAAAUAGAAUCUGCAGAGAGACCAAAGCAGAAGCGGAGGAAAGGGUUGUGGUCUCCUGAAGAAGACGAUAAGCUCAGAAGCUGCAUCCUCUCUCAUGGCCAUGGAUGCUGGACCUCUGUCCCCAUCAAAGCUGGAUUGCAGAGGAGUGGGAAGAGCUGUAGAUUAAGGUGGCUUAAUUACUUGAGGCCUGGGUUAAAGAGAGGGAAAUUCAGUGAUGAAGAAGAAGAGAUGAUCUUGAUCUUGCAUUCUUCCUUGGGUAACAAGUGGUCGGAGAUGACGAAAUACUUACCGGGAAGAACAGACAACGAGAUAAAGAACCACUGGCACUCCCAUCUGAAGAAGAGAUUACUCAAGUCGUCUGAAAACCCCGAAACGCCGAGGGAAUCGAUUUCUUCUUUGCCAAGAAACCCCGGGACCCAAAUACCGAAACUUCCAGAAGCUUCGUCUUCGCAAGAAGGCAACAGCAACAGAAACUUUCCAAGGCUUCUCUUCUCCGAGUGGCUUUCUUCUUCGGGCCCCGUGGAAUGUUCCUCUGCCUUCGAAGAUUCCAAGAACAAUCACAUUCCGAAUCUGGAAGAUUCCAUCUCGAAUUGUCAAGAAAGUGAUCGCAGGUUUUGUCAACAAGAGAUGAUGACGAUGAUGAUCGACAAUGGCAACUCGUUGCUUCACGACAUCAUGUUGAGUUCAGAGUUUCAUCAGUUCGAGGACAGGAUUCUACAGAACUUGAACGGUUCUUCUGGUGAUUUCUUCAUCAAUGGCGACAUUACAUACAUGUAAAAAACCAUAAAUGACGAUUACCCAGAAUCAGAAUAUCAAAUUUGUUCAUGAAUAACACAUCUCAAAUGUGAAUAUAUAUAUAUAUACACACACACACACAUCUCAAAUGA